UAAUUACUAUUAUUCGCAAUUUUUUUUAUCACGGCUUCGCUCCGAUCUAGGGCCUUUAGUUUAUUAGCUCUCGCCGGCGAUUUAGCGAAGAUGGGAAGUGACCACGACGGUUCUCCGUCGGGGGACACGAAACGCGAAGUAGAAGAGAGAGAAAUCAGAAGAAAAUCAUCCCGGGAGAAAUCGACUGGUGCUGGAAAGGAUUCCGGAGAAGAGAAAGAUGUGAGUCGCCGCCGUGAAUCGAAGAGGAGAACAAAAGACGGUAAAGAGUCAGGCUCUGAAUCUGGUUUGGAAAGUGGAAGCGAGUCUGAAUCGGAGAAGGAAGAGAGACGUAGAAGUAGAAAGGCUAGAGGGAAGAGGAAAUCAGAUCGGAAAUCAUCUAGGAGAAGACGUCGUGAUUAUUCGAGUAGUAGCUCAGAUUCGGAAUCAGAAUCGGAGUCGGAUUAUUCAUCGGAGUCUGAGGAGAGUGAGAGUGAAGAUGAGAGAAGGAGGAGGAAGAGGAAGAGAAGGGAGAGGGAAGAGAAAGAGAGGAAGAGAAGAAGAAGAGAGAAAGAUAAGAAGAAGAGGAACAAGUCUGAUAAAGAUGGAGAUAGGAAGAAGAAGAAGAAGAAGAAGAAGUCUGAGAAAGUGAAGAAAGGAGCUGUCACUGAAUCAUGGGGGAAGUAUGGAAUCAUCAGAGAAACUGAUAUGUGGAAUAAACGACCAGAGUUCACAGCAUGGUUGCUUGAAGUAAAAAAGGUUAAUUUGGAAAGCUUGCCACCUUGGGAAGAGAAGAAAAUGUUUAAAGAUUUUAUGGAAGAUCAUAAUACGGGUACAUUUACCUCGAAAAAAUACUAUGACAUUGAUGGUUACUACAGACUUAAGUUGGAAAAAGAGAUGAAAAAGGGUUUGAAGAAAGCUGGGAUUAGUGAGCGUACUGUGUUCAAUGAUGAGGAACAACGCCGGCUAGAGAUGCAGGAAUUACGCGAAAGGCAAAAGGAAGAAGAAGUGUUAGCUCUAAAGCGAUCAAUGGAAGGCGGAAUGGCACAAGCUAUGAAAGAGCAGGCUCGGCUAAAGGAAGAGAUGGUGUACUUAUACAAGAUUGGAGACAUGGAGGGCGCAGCUGCUAUACAGAGAAGGUUGGAUCCAGAUGUUCCCAUGUAAUGUGGAGGUUUUGGUUAAGCUACAACAUUUUCUUGAUCGUGUUCCUAAAUUAUGUUCCAUAAAUCAUACUUCUGUAA